AUGAGGUGUCAGCUUAGCGUAAAAGAGGCGCCACAAUUUUUAAGAUUGGAUUCGUUGGAAGAGGUGAGAGGGGCCAAGGCGCAGGGCGCUAAUAAGCUCAGAUCAGAUCAGAUCGGAUCAAUCGUCAUAUUCGACUGCAUAUUCCCUUCCGAGAUUGAAGCUUUUUUGGAAUCUGUGAACAAUGGCUGCUCCCACUCUCAGCGCUGCUGAUGCCGAGAAACUCAAUAGCCUCAAAUCUUCUGUUGCUGCCCUUCCCCAAAUCAGUGAGAAUGAGAAAAACGGAUUCAUCAACCUCAUCGCUCGCUUUCUCAGUGGCGAAGCGCAACACGUGGACUGGAGUAAGAUCCAGACCCCAACUGAUGAAGUAGUGGUUCCUUAUGAUACCUUGAAACCCGCUCCUCAAGAUCCUUCGGAGACUAAGAAGCUUUUGGACAAACUGGUUGUGCUAAAGCUUAAUGGAGGUCUCGGGACAACAAUGGGUUGUACUGGUCCCAAGUCUGUCAUUGAAGUUCGAAAUGGGCUGACAUUUCUUGACUUGAUUGUUAUCCAGAUUGAGAAUCUCAACAAACAAUACGGGUGCAAUGUUCCCCUGCUUCUAAUGAAUUCAUUCAACACUCAUGAUGAUACACAGAAGAUAGUGGAAAAAUACUCUGGCGCAAAUGUAGAAAUUCAUACUUUUAAUCAGAGCCAGUAUCCUCGUCUGGUUGUUGAAGACUUCAGUCCAUUGCCAAGCAAAGGAGUGACUGGCAAGGAUGGAUGGUAUCCACCUGGGCACGGUGAUGUGUUUCCAUCCUUGAGGAACAGCGGCAAACUUGAUUUGCUGUUAUCACAGGGCAAGGAGUAUGUGUUUAUUGCCAACUCGGAUAACUUGGGUGCUGUUGUUGACUUGAAAAUUUUAAAUCAUUUGGUUCACAACAAGAAUGAAUACUGUAUGGAAGUGACACCCAAAACCAUGGCUGAUGUGAAAGGUGGUACUCUCAUUUCUUAUGAAGGAAGGGUUCAGCUACUGGAAAUUGCACAGGUUCCUGAUGAACAUGUUAAUGAAUUCAAGUCAAUAGAGAAGUUCAAAAUCUUCAAUACAAAUAAUUUGUGGGCUAACUUGAAGGCAAUUAAGAGGCUUGUAGAGGCUGAUGCAUUAAAGAUGGAGAUCAUACCAAACCCAAAGGAAGUGGAGGGAAUCAAAGUUCUUCAGCUGGAAACUGCUGCUGGUGCAGCCAUUAGGUUCUUUGAUAAUGCUAUUGGUAACAAUGUACCUCGUUCUCGAUUUCUUCCUGUGAAGGCAACUUCCGAUUUGCUUCUUGUCCAGUCUGAUCUCUAUACAUUAGAAGAUGGCUUUGUUAUCCGGAAUAAAGCGAGGACAAAUCCUGCAAAUCCUUCUAUUGAAUUGGGGCCUGAAUUUAAGAAGGUUGGCAACUUCUUGAAUCGAUUCAAGUCUAUCCCUAGUAUUGUUGAGCUUGAUAGCCUUAAGGUGACUGGUGAUGUAUGGUUUGGUGCUAAUAUUACUCUCAAGGGGAAGGUGACUAUUGUUGCAAAACCUGGGGCUAAGUUAGAAAUCCCUGAUGGAGCUGUACUUGAAAACAAGGAAAUCAAUGGCCCUGAAGAUAUCUGAUCAAGUUGCUUUGAAAAGUUUUGGAGACCUUGCUCUUCACGAAGAUCUUUCUUUGUUGUGCAAUGCUGUGUAUUCUGAAAUAAAGGCCCAGUUUUUGUUGCAGUGUGUUUAAAUCAUGAAAGGCAUUUAAUCUUUUUACCAAUUUCCUUUUUGUUUCAUGAAUGAAUUUUAUCGGAAAGCAAUGAGUUUUUAUCA